AUGGACGCCCUCAAAUCAGCCAUCACCCCCAUCACGCAUAACCUCCCCGCGCCGAUUCGCGACUUGGGCGUUUCCAUCAUCGGCGAGACCUGCUACAAAUCUCUCCUUCUCGACGUUAAUAUCGAGGAUGCCGAAUGCAUCAAGUUUGCCGUCUCCAAGGCCCUCGGCAUCGGUAUCAUCGCCGCUUCGUCCAUCGUCAAGGUUCCCCAGAUCCUGAAGCUCAUCAACUCCAAGUCCGCUGAGGGUGUAUCUUUCCUUUCAUACCUUCUCGAGACGGCGUCGUACAUCAUCUCGCUCGCCUACAAUUUCCGAAAUGGCUUUCCUUUCAGCACCUAUGGCGAGACUGCCUUGAUCGUGGGACAGAACGUUAUUAUCUCGGUGCUUGUUCUGAACUACAGUGGCCGUGCUAGUCUGGCUGCUGUGUUUGUCGCUGCGCUUGCUGGAACUGUUGCUACGCUGUUUGCUGAGAAUGUUGUGGAUGCGCAGACUCUGAGCUACCUCCAAGCUGGUGCUGGUGUUCUGAGCGUUUCCAGCAAGCUGCCUCAGAUCCUCACCAUCUUCCAGCAGGGUGGCACCGGUCAGCUCAGUGCUUUCGCUGUCUUUAACUACCUGGCCGGUUCUUUGUCUCGAAUCUUCACAACCCUCCAGGAAGUUGACGACAAGCUCAUCCUCUACGGAUUCGUCUCCGGCUUCGUCCUCAACGCCAUCCUUGCUCUCCAGAUGAUCUUCUACUGGAACGCUCCCUCUGAGAAGGCCAAGGGCAAGCAACCUGCUGCCCCUAUUGCAGCCAAGCCUGCUGUUCUGACACCCUCUUCCUCUACCACUGCUACUCCCAAGAAGAGCCCUACCACUCGCCGACGUGGUUAG